AUGUCGGGCCCUACUCGCCAAACGCCCGACGGCCAGCAGCCGGGCCAAGGCAUCUACGACAUGGAGCUGCCCCUGAACCCCGACAGCCUUCGGCGCAACGCGCGCGCGCACGGGUUCAGCGACCAAGAGGCCGACGUCUUGGCGCAGCUGGCGCUGCAGAAGCUGCGCGAGGCCAUGGCCAGCAGCAGGGAGGGCGAGCCCGUGACGGCGCUGCAGAUUGUCGAGGCCAUCAAGCAGCACGCCGCAGAGGAGGCCGAGCGGGAGCGGGAGCGAGAGCGGCAGGCUGUGCAGCGCGAGGUGGACCUCUUUGACGCCAUGUGCGAGCAGGAGCUCGGGGGGGGCCUCGAGCGCGAGGACGGCGAUUUCAAGGGCAAGGGCAAGCAAACAUGCCCCGGAGCCGUUCAAGACGACUCAGCCGGCCCGAGCAGCAAGCGGUGCAAGUUCACGGAUGGCGGGCUGGAGGAAUACUUUGGCCCAGGCGAGGAUGCCUACGCCCUCUCUACCAACCAGGCCGAUGCCAGCUUCAGCCUCAAGCAUCACGGGAUGGAUCUCAUCACCGCCCUCUGCCAGCGAGUCGAGCUCGCCGUCGAACUGGCCAAGCACCUCGGGCCCGAGGACCUUCUCAAGCUCUACAGCAUGAGCCGGGCCUUUCACGACUCCCUCGACGGCCACCUGCUGUCGUCGAUCCGUCAGAUCCUUGCCCACAGGGCAGCCGAGGCCGGCAAGAUCUUCCAGUUCAAGCUCUACCGCCGCCUCCUCGUGCCCGACCCGGCCGGCCGCACCUGGGAAGAGCAGCUCGGCACGCAGUCACCCGGCAGUCCGAGCGGCCGCAGCAACAAGCGCGAGGUGCGUUCCGUGCCCGGGCUCAGGUAUCUGCAGCUCGUCCUGGUGCGGGACCGCUGCUGCAGGGACAUACUCGCCGUCUUGGCCCGGCACGGCCACCGCAUGCCGCCGGGCAUGUACAAGACGCUGCUGCGCAUGUGGCUCCUCAUGGACGUGUCGACGUCGCACCAGCGAAGGGCGCUGCUGCGCAACCAGGAGCUGUGGACCGACGUGGACCUCUACAACGCCCAGCUUUUCAUCGUCAAGCUCGGCAUGCACUUCAACGACCCCAUCUACGGCCCGCUCACCUUCGACAUCCCGAGCCUCAUCCUCGGCCAAAAGGGGCUCUACUUUCUGUGGCAGGUCCUGAUGCGUAAAAGGUUCACCACGCCCGAAGAUAUCCUCGACGCCAAGGUCCGCUACGACUUUGAAAUCCCGCAGGACGGCGGCGGACACGAUUUCUUCGACCUGAAGGUCUACGGCGUUCCCUUUUGCGAGGUCGGCAUCGGGCACAUGGAGGGCUGGGGCAGGGGCCGCCGCCACCUGAUGCGCCCCGACGAGCUCGUCCCCUACGAGGCCGUCGUCCGGGGCCUGGAGCUGGACGAGCACCUCAUGCACAUGAUGACCUGGGGGUACUUUGACUGGCACACGGGCGAGAACCUGGUCCCCACCGAGGAUGAGAUGUACAUCUCGGACGAGGAGCGCGUCCUCGCCCACAUGGACACGAGCCACCUGUGGCAGAGAAAGCACGCCUUGAAGAAGCGCUGGGACACGCUCACCCCAGAGCAGCAGCGCAAGAUCAGAGCCGACGACGAGGACGACGCCCUCCGCGCACUGGCCUGGGCCUCGGACCCACCCAGCGACACCGACGCCGAAGGCGAGGACAAGCCGCCCACGCUCGACGACGAGAUCACCCGCGGCUUCAUCAUCCCCCCACAGAAACCCCGCGUCUCAGGCCCCCCCAAGCCCCCUUCCUUUGCAGGCACGAUGGCGGCCUGGGCCGAGCUCGGCACCCAGGUCCUGCUGAGCCUCCCCGUCGAGCUUCAGGGCGACCAGCUCUUGCGUGCAGAGGCGAUGCACAACUACCGAGCCCCCAGCGAGGAGCCGGCCGCCGCCUGGGACUGGGAGGCUUGGCUGGAGCAGGAGGGGCAAGGCUGCGAGGUGGAUGCGGCCGAGGCGUUGGACGACGGCGACAUGUCAUCGUCGGGCGAGACGGAGGAGGAUGCGUACAUGGCGGGAGACGAGGACGACUUUGACUCGGGGAGCGAGCGGGACGAAAACGACGACGACGUUGACGACGCUGGACAGCACGAGGUCGAGGGCAUUUGGAAUGAAGCGGAUCUCGAGAAGUACAUCGAGGACUUCUUCGACCAAGUGGUGAUUGAGGACAGUGUUGAUCAGGGGCACUGCGGCUGA